AUGAGAUUGGUGUCAGCGAAAGAUAGGCGUAAAACGUUGAUCCUUGCAGCCGCCGUUAUUGUGGUCGGGAUCGCUUUCCUUAUCGCAGGGAUAAUCUUGCUCGUCAAAAAAAAUGGCUCUCAUUGUAAAGCACAGUACGAAACUAGUGCUUUACACAAGAGGCGUGUACAAAGAUGCGGUUAUUCAGAAGAAGCCAAACGAUAUGGACUUGAAGCUUUUUUGCAAAAAGUGCAAGACAAAACUUUUGACGUGCAACCGUUUUUAAUUUCACUUAAGCCUAAAGUGACUGCAUCGGAGGUUAAACUUAAGUACAAGGCGUAUAAUCCGAGGCCUUCAAAUCUUCUUCACGUAACAGAUACAGCUAAAGCUCUUUUGCGAGAGCUAAACGGUAUGGCCAUCAACGAAGGCAAGCUUAAGUCAAGAGAAAGAAAAUCUCUGGCACAAGUUCGACAUUUUCUUAGGCACAUCUUUGGAGCGCCCUUCGAUGGAAACUACUACUUUGGAGACUAUCUCCUUGGACCGAAUGUGUUCUGUUGGCAGCCAAUUUGCUCGGUGGGGGUUUUGUUAGAGAAGACCCUUCCCUUUUUCAAACCCUCGGACGUACAAGGAUUGAAUAUUCUAAUCGAGAAGUUGUACGAAGUAAACCAAACAUUUCAAAUCUAUAUCGAUAACUUGCGCUACGGAGUGAAAGCUGGAAUGGUGCGUAGCGUGGAGGAAUGUAAGGCAGGACUCGACGCUAUGCAAACUUACUACUUCAAUAUUUCGUUUAGCGGACCAAGCGGCGUUUUCAACGAGACUUACAUGCAAGGAAUCUUAAAAUCAGAAUUUUUAUCCAAGUUGGAGAAUAACUCAGGCCUGUUGAAAGAGUGGCGUGAGAAGCACGCGGGAAAGACUCCGUCAGAAUCACUCCGGGAGAGCGUCUUGGAAUACGUGGGAAGGCCAAUUUACGAAUUACUAAGAUACCUUAAGCAUGAACACAUGCAACACUGUGUGCCGAGCAGUGUGUCCAGCGGUUUGUCCUUCCUCCCACUCUCCUUCGUGUAUGUCAAUGGAACCGCAGACAUUAACCGAAAAACCACAAAAGUGCUACCGUCAGGAGAACCUCUGAACGGAUCGCGGGCUUACGUCGAAAUUCUUUCAUACUUCACUACCACAAAUAAUACCCCGGAUGAGGUGCACGAACUUGGAUAUAAGAUGCUUCACAAACUUUACCCUGAGGCCCUUGAAGUAGCGCGUCAAUUCACCGGGCAAAACAACAACAAUACAGCAAAGGAAGAGUUCGUAAAAAUGAUGAAUCACUCUGAUAUGUUUUUCAACGACCAACCCAUUCCGGCUCAUGAGUCUGGCAGCACCGCGUUCAGGCUUUGCAGUUCAGUGGAAGGCGCGAGGCAAAACUGUCCACAUCGCUGGCGAGCCAUUCAGCGAUGGUUCACAGAAACAAGAGAGGUCAUGAGUAUGUUAGAUCCAAAAACUUCCCAGAUGUUCUACUUCACGGGAAAGAAACACUCAACUCCGAACUGUCCGCUGGAAAUAGUGCCAGAUUUCAAUCCUUCAGCUGGCGUACCGAGUUACUUGAAAAGUGACAGCAAGUGCAGUAGGAACGCGAAGUACUUCAUUCCUUUCUUCCUUGAGAGGCCUGGGCCUAGGUAUAUGCAAUGGAGCGUGAACGCUCAUGAAGCGAGACCAGGGCACCACACUCAGCGACAAGGUUAUGCCGAACAUUUUCAGGACUCUUGUGGUGGUAUAAUCAGGUGGUUGUCAUCAGUGACAUCAUACACCGCGUUCGUAGAGGGCUGGGCCCUAUAUGCUGAGAACCCACUCAUUGCAUAUGAUACAGAUGUAUACGAAGGGCAUCCGCUGUACAAAUAUGGAAUGCUCAAGUCUCAGCUAUGGCGCGCUCUACGCAUGGUAGUGGACACUGGGUUACAUUCCAAACGACUCACACGAGAGGAUGCACUGAAUAUGUUCCAGAAAUACGUAUGGGAUGAUAGCGACAUCACACUGAAAGAAGUCACUAGAUACCAGAGCGCGCCCGGUCAGGCAACCUCGUAUAUGGUUGGUCAACUACACAUCAUGAAACUGAGACAAUAUGCUAAAAAGAGACUGGGAAAGAAUUUCAAUUUGAAAGAUUUUCAUUUCCACGUGUUAUCCCAGGGGUCUGUGCCGCUCGAGUUUCUGGAGCAGAGCAUUGAAGAGUACGUAGAUUGCACGCUUAACAAACAAAAGGAUGGCUGUGAUGACAUACUCGCUCCGCAGUCUCCAGAUUUUCAAGAAAACGGUGAUUAUAGUAAUAAACGAGAAACUCUGGAUACCCUAGAGAGAAAACUGUAUUUUUGA